AUUAUCUGUGCAAAAGAUUCUGAUGUCAUCCUCCCGUCGACCAUUUAGAUUUUAGCGAAAAUCUUAAAUUUAUUACCGUAUUUAGUUAAAAUUGCAAAGGAGUGCUUAAUUAGGGCAUGCAAUUUGUCAUCGAUUUUAUAAAACUAUUUUGUGAUACCUGUGUAGUGUCGUGCUUCUCUAACCCAAAACCCCAAGUGAUAUUGUUUAAUUCGUAAUUCCAUGCGUGGGAUGUUUACAAUAUUUUUGUAAUUUGAUUAUUUCUAUGAGAGUAGGCGAACUUUGUGAUGUGUUACAUUAAUUACAAGGAGACAAUGUCCGCAGCAAAAGUUCGCCAAGUAUAGAAUAUAUCCGAGAGAGUGCAGUUAAAUAUUUCGCGUAGAUCGUGGAAAGUACCAUGUCAGGUACAGAGCAGAAUAUAGUUAACUCUAUCCAACAACUGUCUGUGCAACCAAGCAAUAGUGGCCACACAGAGAAGCCAACUCAGGUAGUCACUCCCGCCGUGAACAGAAGUCAACCUGUUACUAGUAAAGUUACACCUGUGAAGGUCAACAGUGUGUCCCCUGCCAUAGCAACCAUCGACAGACUUCUCAGCCUCGGUGCAAGCGUCCCUCCGCCCCCUCCUGUGAUAACAAGGUCUUCAGACAUGGAUCCACACACGCUGGAACAGUUGCGCGCUGUAAAAGAAAUGUUGACUGCACAAGAAGAAGAAGCCCAAAGCUUGAGAGAUCUCAACAGAGACUUGCGAGAGCGAUUAGAGGAUUGCGAGACUAAAAUAAAGAAGCUAACUGAACAAAAUGAUGAAUAUGCAGAAAAGGAGAAAGUACUGUCACAUCGUGUGGCUGAGAAAGUUCGGAAUAAUAAACAGAUGAGUGUUGUUAUGGAGGAGUACGAGCGCACCAUAUCCUCACUCAUAGGGGAAAGAGAAACAGAGGCUAAGAGGUGGGCAGAGGAACGCUCCACUCUGCUACGAGAACGUGAUGAGGCUGCAGCACAUUUGGCGUCCAUGGAGCAUGCGUUCAACGAUGUUCACACUAAAUACGAAAGGUGUAAAGUGAUUAUUCAAGGGUACAAAGGGAAUGAAGAAAUGUUGAAACGAACUGUCGAAGAAAAUAACGAUGCAAUACAAAAGUUGGAAGCAAGAUACGAGACUUUAAGGCAACAUGCAAUGCAACAGCUGAAUAAAGCUAACACAGAACUGGACUCUGUGAAAAAGUCUCAUCAAGCCGAAAUCCUUAAAUUGAAUGCAAUGCUUAAAAAGAGUGAAGUACAUGCCUCAUCGCUACAGGAAUCUUUGGCGCAGAAAAUCAAAGAUAACGAGGAGCUCACAGCCAUCUGUGAUGAGUUGAUAAACAAAGUGGGUUAAUUAAUUAGAUGGUUACUCAUAUUGACUAUAUUCAUAAUCAUUUUCAUUUAACUAACUAACACAUAGAUUUAUGAAAAACAACAUUAGAGUACAUUAAUAAAUAAAUAAUCACAGACUCUAAUGUUUUUAAUGAUUAUAAAUAACAAGCAAAUUGAAGCAAGCGAAGCUGUUACCAUUUCAUAAAUAAAAUACAUAAGCAAUGUAUGUUAAUUAUUAUUUAUAGAUUGUGCAAUCAGUGAGUAAUUUUUUUAUUUUAUUUUUGUACACAUCUAAAAAUAAAGUUUAUUUAGUAAUUUAAGUUUUUAUCAUAUGACAUUUUGAUUACUACACAAGCAAAAUAAGAAUAGACUGAAUGAGCCUACAACAAUAUUAUGUGAAUAAAAAGUAUAUAUUUUUUGUUCUUUAUUUAGAUCAAGGCUUAUUAAAAGAAAUCUAUUAAAGUAUAAAUAAGUAUUUUGGGUUGAAACAUUCAAAUGAUUCUUGUAAUAUUUUUAUUUGCAUGUAUUUUGUGUUUGGUGUCAUAAUUCAUACAGCAAUAAAGUCACUUGGUGCUUUGCAAUAAUCUAUUGGUUCUUUCACAUUGUUGUUGGUAUCAUAGAAUCAUCUCUAAGCAAAAAUAGACAGAAAGGUAGUUUUAUGUUUCAAAUGUGUAGUUGCAUUACUUGUACAGCUGUUUAGCAAUGAAGUUUAUAAGUUAUUGUACAAACAUUUGCACCAUUAUCACAAAGAGUUAUGGAUUUGGACAUAAAUUCUCUUAGUCCUCAUUUGCAUGAGAGUUAAAAAAGCGAUAUGUUAAAACCCAGCAUUGGCGGUUUUAUUAACAUAUUUAAUUUAAUUCAUGGUCUAUUUCCAAUUAAAAAUGCUGUUGUGUGAACAUAUACUUGAGUAUGCAUUCAUUGUAUUUGAACGCUUUUUUAACAUCUGUUAAAAAUACUUGUGCGAAUGAGGCCUUAUACUAACUCUAUUUUGACAACUCUGCAUUACUUUGUAGACCAGUCAACUUAGUGCUUUGUGAUUGUCACACUUUUGUUAUAAAGACUUGAGUUAUGUAAAUAUAAUGUGAAGGAACCCAAAGCUUUUUAUAUUCUCAUUAAUUUAGUUUACUAAAGUGACUGAAAUCUUUUUCUUGUAUAAGUAUUGUAGCAGAUUCUUUUCCAAAGAUUUAUUUUAGAAUGUGCUCCCAGAAACGGUGGUGCGAAGCAUUCAGAGAUAUGUAAGGCCAGAAAUAGACUGGCUUAAUUGAAGCAUUUUAAUGAAACAAUGGAACGUUUAGUUUAUGGUAAUUCAUUGAAGCACAUCAAAAAUAAAUGCAUUCUAGCAUAGUGCAAUCAUGUCUUAACGCUAUGGGACAAUUUUCAGGUCUGUAUUCGUUUGGAUAUGUUAUUUUGGCAGAGGACAGUUGCACAUCGAAUUAUUAAUUAUUUUAAAAUUCUGAAAAAACAUUGAAAGGUUUCUAAAAUUGCAAUUCAAAGGUUUAUUAAAUAUUUACUAUUUUUACAUUCAAUAGUAAAAAUAGUUAAUAUUUGGUAAUAAAACUGUAAUCCUAUCAUACAUUGUAUUUUUAAACUUAUGUACUAGUAUGCUGAUCACUGUCAAAAUAACAUCCUGUAUAAUUUAAUUUUUACCACAGUCCUGAAUUUUGUGAAACUUAAAAGUUUUUAAACUGUAACAACCCUAGCUGCCAUAUAUGUCAUUGAAUUAAAAUAUUUUGUAUUAAUGUAUAAAAUAAUAAGUAAUUGAUAAUAUUAUAGUGUAAGAGUAGUUGUUAUUUUGUGCUUUCUAUUUUAUUAUUAACCUUAUUAAUAUGAUUUAUUUUUAUUUUGUGUUACUAUAAUUUUAAGUUGAAGUAUUUCAAGGUUAUAUGCCACAUAUAAAAUAUAAGUGACAUUUUUUUUACGGAAAUGUGUAGGAGUCUAUGGCACGGAUUUGAAGUUCUUUGUGGUCACUUUUAUUCUAUAUGUGCACUUAGUUAAAUGUAUUCCCGGCCCAAAACUUUGCUUGUUUAUUAUCAAUCUAGUCUUUAAAGCUAAUUUUCCGAAGUUAUUAUGCUUUGCUUAUGAGAUUAUGAACUCAAAAUAGAUUUUAAAAAUGUGUAUUAAUAUUUAGUGAAAAUUAGUAAUUAAAUACCGCUUGGUUAACUCACUACACACCAUAGCCAGAACACAAUCACAAAGGGCCUAAAGUAGACAAAUAUAUAUUCUAAAAUUCUGUUCCUAUUUCAUAGAAUCUCCAUCUCAGUAAGAUAAUAUGUACAAAAAAUUUUCAAACUUAUUUCAAAAAUUCGAAGGCUAUGCGUGUACGAACCGAUUCUCGGACAUCAAAUCGUGAAUGUGAUUAACAUUUAAUGUGGAUUGCAAUGAACAUUUUUGACAUUUGUAAUUACUUUUUACAAUAAUGUUGAUCCAAAACUGAUCUCAAAGUUCAAAAUUCAUGUUGUAAAAUAAAAUGGUUGAUAUGUCAGACAUUGUUGGACUACUUUUAGUAUGAAAUAGGUACUCGAUAUCAGACCAUAUAAGUCAUAUAGAAGCUUCAAAAGUACAAUAAUUGGUAUCUGAUAGAAUCGUUAAUAGAAACGAGGGUAGAUGAUAAUAACAAAAAAAUAAGAUACAAAAUUCUGAUUGAUAAUAAUAUAUAAUAUUAUCGAACCGAUAUUAAUAUUAUCUUAAAUUGAUAAUUUUGUUACUUAAUUUACACAACACCAUGGAAAAAUUAUCAUGAUAUGUAAUCUAAUUUUGAUAUGAGCCCAAUGGUUUUUUACGCACGUAGGCUAUUCCGUAAAAUAAGCAUUGCGUUUGUCGCACGAUUAAAAAGUCGCGCGCUUCUUUUAAAGCUUACGAAACUCCAUCUACUUUCACAACAAAUACUUGGUUUAUUGUGGAAUUAGUCGACCGAAUUGGUCCGUAAAUCGGUCCCGUGCCCGUUUAGGCUAUUAAAAAUUUAUUAUUAGAUUGUUUUGGUUGUAUAGUGUGUGUGCCUUUAUAAAACAAACUCAGUAUCCAUCCAGUCCAAUGUAACAAUACAUUACGAAAUGUUCUUAAAAGUUAUUAAGUGAAUUAUAUACGUUAUAGUCUAAGAGAUGGAUGAAGAUUUGUUUGACAAUUUAUGACGGUUACACGUAAAAUGUAUUUUAAAUACAAUAUUUUAAAGGCGGUUGAUUAAUAAUAAUAUGACUUGCGAAUGUGUGUAAUCUUGUGUGUGUGCGUGUGAACCUUUUCAUCUGUCUAAUCUUGACUGUCUUAAACGUUUCUUGCUUUAUAAAAGAAUCUUAAACUAAAACAAAUAGAGUGUUCAUAUAAAACAUGAGUAUGAGUGAUCGAAGUUACUUGUAACUAAAUGUAAUUCUCGAGAUUAUUUUUUUUAUAAAAGUAAAUGUUUAUAAACGAAUCUUCCGCCAUCUCUCCGACUAUACCUAAUGUCCUGUCCAUAUGUAAUUGUAGUCAGUAGUUUAACGAUAACUUUGUUCACGACGCAAAUGUAUUACAGCUUGUAAUAUUAUGGCACUGAUUAUUAAUUUAGAGACAGUUAGAUUGACUUUUAGAUGGAAGGCAAAUAUGUUAUCUUUGGAUGGUUUAAUUAAAUUUUAUAUAUUUUUGUCACUUAAAUUUUUUUUAUAUUUUUCUAUUUUCAUUUUUUAAAUUGUUAUUAAUAAGAUAAUUCAAAUCAAACUAGCAGAAGACUUUCAAACAAGUUAAUUUUUUUUUGUUAUGGAUUGCUUAAAUUAUAGUAGCUGUCUCUCUGACUAGCCUUAAUAAAGUGGUUGACUUAUUAAUAGUAAUGCUUGAGAUUUUCCAUUAUUUAACCGAUUCAAACAAUUAAUGAUUGGCUAACAAACCGUAACAUCUAAUUAAAAUCAACAUUCCACUGUUUAUUUUAAAGUGUGAUUUUUUGAAAAAUAUUUUUUGCCACCCAUUUAUUUGAAAAAGUCAUAGCCUCAUUGAUGUUAUAGAGAUAAAUGUAUUUUUGAAAAACAACCACGUCUCAUGUUAAUGAAGACCCCCCAAAAAUGUUGAGAUUUUUUUGUUAAUAUGGAUUUACAUUGAGUCAGUUGCUGCCGUACAAUUAUAAUAAGUAGGUAGUCUAGAUCAAACCCAGUACAGUAAUUUUAUUAAUAAUUAUAGCCUAUUUAUUUUUUGAAAUACAAAUAAAAAUGUAUAAUAUAUUAAAAAAAUAGACACCUACGUUUUUGGUUAGGUUACAUAGGAAAUUAAUUGUAUAUUUAACCUGUGAAUGCUGCAAUUGUCUUCCUCAUAUUUGUUUUGUUUUUGACUCCAUAUUUUUAAGCAUCUCAUAUUUUAAAUGUCAAUUAUAAACAACUUCAAAUAAAAACAAAACCAAAUAAUUACAAAAAAUAUAUAGUCAGUCAAUAUAGCAGAAGAUAGUGAGUGGCUCAAUGUGAAUCUGCCUUUAGUCUAAGUAUAAUUUUGUACUUUAUCAUUUUUUAUAACAAUAUAAUAAUCUAUAAUACGCAUUAUGUGCAUAUUAAUUCAUGUGAAUAGAAUGAGGAAAUAAAAUUAUCCCCUAUUUUAUACAA